UAUCGCGUCUUCCAAGACGUCUCCCAGCGCAGCACAGGACACACCGGAAAGGGAAUCGACUGUUUCGCAGUGAGGACAAAGGAAUCGUCAGUGUAUUUAAACAAAUGCAAGUUGCAGUGUCAGAGAGAUUAAUGCAAAACACACACACAGGAACAGGCUGCUUCUUGUCAAGGGCACGUAAGCAAAGUCGAGGCAGCCAGAGAGAUUGACCUGAGCGCGAGGAGUCAUAUCCCAGGAGCCGCUCUGAGGCACUGCCUGCUGAAUGCUGGGGCUUUCAGGGGAGGCACGUUAGUGCAACACAGCUUCACGGCUAUGGACAGACCUCUGAAUGCGCAGCACUGAGCUCAGCAACAAAGACAGACAUUCCAAAGUCAAGAUGUCUCAGACAAGGAAAGUCAGCUCGGUUUACAUCCGGCUCGUGACUCCUGGCACAAUCUGUGCCUCAAAGACAUACAGCUCUCUCGAGGCUUCAAAGGCAGACUAUAAGCCAGGCUCCUCCGCAUCCGAGGACAAGGUCUACACCAAUGGACACGGAAGCAGGGCAACAGCAACCAGAGCGGCCUCCACCCCAACAGCCUUUAAAGCUGCUAACGGAGAUUUUUUGCCCCUUCCUCCUCCUCCCCCUCCUCCUCCUCCUCCCCCUCCCCCUCCAGUGAACGAAUGGAAUGCUCUCCAGCCUGGGGAGCUGCCACUUCCUCCCCCACCCUCUCCCUACCGCAGGGAGGUGCAGGCACCCUUCGGACUCGACUAUACUCCCACCAGACUGAAGGCCCCGGGGCUCGGAACAUCUCCAGCCGAGCAGCCUCGCUCUGCAGCCUCUGAGCCUGAGGGAUAUCGAGCUCGGACUGCGGACCACACACCAGGGAAUUCUCCGUCACUGAAACCAGAGAGCAGCUUGAAUGGAUUACCCCAGCCAGAGAUCUGUGGCUAUUGCCAGCAGGUGAUUCCACUGAUCGUCCCCGCUGUCCAGGCUAUGGGCCAGUUGUUUCACGAGGAUUGUCUGAAGUGUGGGAAAUGCCAAUGCAGACUCAUUGGCAAGACUUACUACAACUUGAAAGGCAUUCCUCACUGUGAUCCCUGCUAUCAGGACACUCUGGAGAAAUGUGGGAAAUGCGGGAAGAAGCUGGUGAAUGAAAUCAUGAGAGCCCUGAACAUGGCCUUCCACCCCGAGUGUUUCACGUGUGUCGUGUGUCACAGACCCAUCGGGAAUGAGCGUUUUGGACUGAACGAGGCUAACGAGAUCCAUUGCAUCCGAGAUUUUCAGAGGAGAUAUGCCCCACAGUGCUCAGUCUGUAACCAACCAAUUAUGUCUGAGACUGAGGCAGAAGAAUGCAUGAACAUUGAGCUGUUUGAUCGGCACUUUCACAUCAACUGCUACAAAUGUGAGAAAUGUGGAAUUCUCCUGUCUCCUGAUCCUACAGAUGAAGGGUGCUUUCCACUGGGCAAUCAAAUUCUCUGCAAGACUUGCAAUUGUCAGUGUGCCAGAGGUGAAGUUCCAUACUCAUGAUUCGAGUGGAGUUGAAGUGGAACACAACCUGUGAACUGCUGGAGAAUUUGAUACCAUUUGCGCACUUCAUACAUCUCAACUGCACCAUUUUGCUUCAUUCCAAAGGUUUACAUUAUAACAAUUCCAGCAGAGCUUCACCAUCCAGCUACUCAUUUAAGCUUCUCACAAAAUCCUUUAAUAGAAUAUUUUGCUUUAGUCAGCCACAUGGAAACCCCACCCGUUUAAGGUUAUCUGAACCAGACACGAGUUCAAGCCCACAUAAGCAUGUGUGUGGAUUCUAUAGAAUCAGUGAAAAGGGAACUGGGUGAGUGAGUACCUGAGAAGUAAAAACAUGAGGGUAGUUGUGGAAAGAGUUGGAAAAUGAAAUUUAUAAAAAAAACUUAAGAAGAUAUGCAGGACAGGCCAAGUGACCUCCUACAGGGCCAAAAAUUUCUAUAUCUCCACCUGUAAAUCCCAUAACAUGAAUUAUUUUAGUUGAUAGGAACUUGUUGAAUUGCUUUAUAAAGCCAUUUGUGGUUCCAUUGCUUGCGUGGUACUUUGUUCCUGUGACAUGACUAUGGCUUUGACUAUAUCUGUGUCUGGGCUGGUCUUUUUUCCUUCCUCAAUUUUAAUUUCACUCGGUUGUUUGUGAGACUUUAUUGGUGUUAUGUUGUUAUGAAUGUUAUGUUUCCUUGGGUUUGCAUGCAUAACAUUCUAUAUUUUAUACAAUUUUAUUAUUUCCAGAUCAUCAUCCCAUUUUUUGACUUGUUUCAUUUGGGUUCCGUCUGCCUUGCCAUUCUGUCUGACUCCUGGUUAUCCUGUGUUAUAUUCCCCUUCCAACCCAAAGUGACCCCAAAUAUCAAAUAAAUUGUCUGCUCAUCCCAUUGUUGCUUAUGAGACUGGUGCUGAUUAGCUGCCAUGUUUGCCUAUGUACUGUAAAACAUUCACUGCAUCUCUAAUGAAUUAUACUUUGGAAAGCACUUCAAAAUGUUUGGUUUUAUGUGAAAGUUACUACUGUAUAUAAAUGCAAAUUAACAUCCUUUUGACUAAAUAUUUCUCUGGCA